ACAAGGGCAUUACGACAUUGGCUACUUGCGGCAGCGACGUGACUUAAGGCCGCCCCUCGUAGGGCGUCGUUGAGCUCGAAAGCUAAGGCGGGAGUUUGGGCGGGAGUGCUCCUGCUGGUCCUCCCGGCGGAAUGACCCAGUCGGUGGUCGUACAGGUCGGACAGUGCGGGAACCAGAUCGGCUGCUGCUUCUGGGACCUGGCGCUGAGGGAGCACGCAGCGGUCAACCAGAAAGGAAUUUAUGACGACGCUAUAAGCAGCUUCUUCAGGAAUGUGGAUACCAGAGCUGUUGGGGAUGGUGGCAGUAUUUCCAAAGGAAGAAUAUCUUCUCUAAAAGCACGGGCUGUUUUGAUUGACAUGGAAGAAGGCGUAGUGAAUGAAAUUCUCCAAGGCCCACUGAGAGACGUGUUUGAUAGCAAACAGCUCAUCACUGAUAUCUCUGGCUCGGGAAAUAAUUGGGCUGUGGGUCACAAAGUUUUUGGAUGUCUUUACCGGGAACAGAUUUUAGAGAAACUGCGGAAGUCGGCAGAGCAGUGCGAUUGCUUACAGUGCUUCUUCAUCAUCCACUCCAUGGGCGGAGGAACAGGCUCUGGGCUUGGCACAUUUCUGUUAAAGGUUCUUGAAGAUGAAUUCCCAGAAGUGUACCGGUUUGUGACAGCGGUUUAUCCUUCCAGUGAAGACGAUGUCAUCACCUCGCCUUAUAACAGUAUGCUGGCCAUGAAGGAACUGAAUGAGCAUGCAGACUGUGUGCUGCCCAUUGACAACCAAUCUUUAUUUGACAUCAUUAGCAAAAUUGAUCUUGUGGUAAAUUCUGGAAAGUUGGGCUCAGCUGUGAAGCCUAAGAGUCUCAUUACGUCGAACAUGGGGGCUGUUAAAAAGCACCACAAGAAGCCCUUCGACGCCAUGAACAACAUUGUGGCGAACCUGCUCCUCAGCCUGACAAGCUCUGCGAGGUUUGAGGGCUCCCUCAAUAUGGACCUGAAUGAGAUCAGCAUGAACUUGGUUCCUUUCCCGAAGCUUCAUUAUCUCGUGUCAAGCCUGACACCUCUGUACACGCUGGCCGAUGUUAACAUUCCCCCCCGAAGACUGGAUCAGAUGUUUUCAGACGCCUUUAGUAAGGAUCACCAGCUCAUCCAAGCAGACCCCAGACAUAGCCUCUACCUUGCCUGUGCCCUCAUCGUUAGAGGAAACGUACAGAUUUCCGAUCUUCGCAGAAAUAUUGAAAGAUUAAAACCUGCUCUGCAGUUUGUCUCCUGGAAUCAAGAAGGCUGGAAGACCAGCCUGUGUUCUGUACCGCCUGUGGGCCACUCGCAUUCUCUGUUAGCUUUAGCAAAUAACACGUGUGUGAAGCCUACCUUCAUGGAGCUGAGAGAAAGGUUCACAAGGCUCUACAAGAAAAAGGCUCACCUCCAUCACUACCUGCAAGUUGAUGGGAUGGAGGAAAGCACUUUUACGGAAGCUGUGUCCUCUCUGUCAGCGCUCAUACAGGAGUACAGUGACCUCGAUGCCACAAAGAGCCUGCCUGUGCCAGAUGUGCCCAGGUUGAGUGUGGCCUUGUGAGGGGAGAAGCUGAGAAAGCAGUUGUUCUGUCUGUCCCCUUUCUGUUGCAGCAUUUUUUCUGAUUCAGAAAGCCCAUGUUUUUCACAGUAUCAGGAAGUAUUUUAUCUAAAAUGGUGGUUUCUAUUUUAUUACAGUUUUUUAUAGCGGUACAUGGUAUCACUUUAGGCAGUUUGCCAAAAUUGAGAUGAGAGAGAACCCAACAUGGUGUUACACAAGUGUAAUCCCAGUGUGGCUGACAUGCAGGAGGGCCUGCGUUCAGGGCCAGCCUGGGCUACUCGUGCAACAAAAGCCGACGCAGAGGGAAGGAGCAGUCGUCCCCUUGCUUUAUUUGUGUCUUUUGCAGACAUCUUCACAGUGAUGAACGCCUCAGGGAAGAUGUACAUAUCUCUUGUAUAUUUACACUUUAUGCUGUCCUGCUCUAUUUAAAUGCUAGGGACGUAGGUCCUUGGAAUGGAGGAACAUAAUAUAUAUAAUAUCUGGACUUUUCAGGGUAGUUUUUGUUCUUUGAGUAAUAAUAUGUUUAUGGUCCAAAGAAUCACAACUUGGCAUCCAGUCCCUUUUUAUAAUAAACGGUUUAAAAGCAAAUGUGUAAACGGCUGCUACGGCGGUUGAGCAUGUCACCGUUGCACACUGACGUCUGCAGCUGAACUUGUAGGAAACGGUUAUCAUGUGCUGAGGUGACUGCAGCCACUGUGCCUCUCUUCUGAAUCGUUAAUGUUGGUUUCAGUACAGGUAUGUUUCAAAUCCAUUGGUUGGUUUAUCUUUCAAGGAAAUAAUUUUAAGGGAAAAAUAAUCGGGUGUGUGCUUCCUUACUUCUAUCCUCUGUUUCUUUUCUUUGCUGAGUGACUGUUCUAUGUUUGUUUUUUAUCUUAGAAGUUUAAACUUUUAUAGUAUUUGGUAUACAAACUGCAAUAUUACAGUUAUUAACAGUAUCACAGACA